CCCAAUCAGGUCACACGUACACGGCACUGCCCCUCCGACAGUCAGAAACAUGGCGUUACGGGAGCUAUCAUCGCUGGAGAAAUAUUUAGGACUGAAAAAGCCGAACAAGUACACUACACAGGGAGACAAAAAGGUACCUGUGCUACAGAAUAAUAAUGGUCCUCCGCUGGUAGGUCUAGUGACCAUCGGCUGUCACCUGGUGAAAGAGGCCAAGCGCCCAAAGCUGCUGGGAGACUCUGCAGAGAGCAGGGCUGUGGUGCAGCAGUGGCUGGAAUACAGAGUCACCAGUCUGGACGGAUGCUCAAAGGAAGACAACAAGACCAUCCUGAAGGACCUCAACCUCUACCUGCAAGACAAGGUCUACAUGGCUGGCAGCCAGUUCACCUUAGCUGACACUUUCAUGUACUUUGGAAUCCAUCCACUGUUGGUGGACUUGGCCAUCCAGGAGAAGGAGCAGUAUGUUAAUGUGACGCGAUGGUUCGACCACAUUCAGCACUACCCCGGCCUCCGUCACCACCUCCCUCCCGUAGCUGUGCUCAGGAACAGAAUCUACACCAGCAAACACCACUGAGACCUGACUCGUCACACGCUCGUCUGUGUUCUGGGCCAGACCUGAGCUAAUCUCCGAAAAUCCAAGAGUGAAUCACAUCGUCACAAGUUGAGGAUGCUUCCACGUCAAUAAUAGAUCUUCUUUUAUUCCCGUUUCAUGAUUCCUGCCUUUAUGUUUUGACCUGAACUCUGCCUAUUUGCCUUUUGGACGUUUUUAAAUAUAUGUGUAACCAGGAAAAUCAGUGAAGAACAAAAAAACUAAAGCCUAACAGUUUUAGUGUAUGAGGUACAGAAACUCCAUUACGCCUGCUAAUAAAAAUCAAGUUAAGUUCAUAUUCUAUAAAAGAAAUAUCAGUGUUUUUAAUAAUUAUAAUGCCCAGUACCAUUGGCAGUUGACUUUAACAAAUAACUGGGAGUGGAAGCAAGAAGUUCAUCUUGUCAAUCAUUUAAUCCUGCUCUGUACAAGACGAGGUGUUUGGCGUCUGAACCUUUGUUCAGUGACUUGGGAGCAAAGACCAGAGACGGUCACGUCGGUCUUCUUUUUCUUCUGUUGGUAAUGUUUUGUUGAAUUCUUGGAUGUUUUUGUUGUUUUAAAGGGAAGGCUGUAUGGGGUGCGGUGAAGUGCUGCUAGCUUGUUUAAAAGGUGUUUUUAUUUAUAAAUGGUGAUUUAUGGUAAAUGGUGUUUGUUUAAUCGGAGCAAUGAACAUGCAAUGACAAGUAUUAAAAGAAGACUUAAGAUGAUACUUAACUGGCAGAACAUUAUGUCCUUAGGAAAAGCAGCUUCCUUCAUGCCAUAUCAAUGCAUUCUCGGCAACAGUUUGUCUAAAUAAAUGCGGUUGCUGGUUCAACACCAUAACCCCAUAA